AUGGAAGGUGUUCAAACAGCGAUGGGACCACCCAUAGCGUUUAUUGCUUUGUGCAUAUUGCUGCCGUCAGCGGCAGCGUCAACUAGCUCAAUGAUCGCUCCUUUGGGCUCGCCAGUUAGGGAAUCUGCAGUAAUAGCGAGGCACACCCCCGAUCUCAUGGCGCUUCAAAAAGCAAAAUCGCCGUUGACUUCGUCUCCGCAGGGGGGCGCGACGUACCCAGGAAAAGAAGUUAUUUCUCUAGACUCGGGUGAUUUUUCUGGUAAGGCUGGUGCUGAGACACUACUACUAACCCGUCCUGCCCCUGUCACCCAAGAGGGAGAAAGCAUUCGCUCGCUUCAAGAUCAGCGGCACUCUACCCAGCGCACCAAUGAAAAGACACGCAGCGUCGGCGACGUGAAUGGAAUCCUACAGGGCGUACAAAAUCAGGUGUUCGGUUUCGAUGUUGGGGCCCCGGGAGAGCUCCUUGGUGAGAAACUUCCAUCUGAGUUACCCGGAGGCGAGGUGCACGUCCAAAGUCAACAGGUAUUCUGGAAUGCUUCAGGUCGAACCACGACUCCCCAGCAGGUGAAUCUGUCGCAAGUGCUUAUUCAAAACGCCCCUCAGUUCUUUCUCAACUGGGAUCAACCUGGCGGAGAGAAACAAGACGGAAGUGAUAAGGCCAAGCAACAAUACGACUGGAGGAAGCACGUGCAGCGCAGGCCGAGCAGGAGUGAGGCUGGAGCUGUCUCUCGCGAGCAGCAGUUAGCCGAGCGGGCACGAGAGCGGGAAUUAUUAAAAGAUGUCUUUUCCCUCUGGCUCGAGGUAGACUCCCGUCAGCUUCGUCUUACCGAGCAACAGAAGCUGCGACAGCAGCUGCAGGCUUUAGUCGCAAAACAGUUUGAGCUUCUAAAACAACUUUAUCGUCUAGAACACGAGUACAAUUCAGAAACUCCUCAGGCGUCGUUACAACCCCGGUCAUCAGCCCUCAUUGUAGAGGGGAAGUGUUCUCUAGCAAACACUGUCAUCGCGGAUAGCUAUGCACAGGUAAAACAACAGUCGCAGCUCCUCCUCAAUCUUACCCUGCCUGCUCCGACAGUAUUCUUGCCAGGACAUCCGACACUGGCGUUAUCUACGGCGGUAGGCUAUCCGGUUCAGUUACGUAGCAUGCACCAGGGUACCAUACCACAGUUGACAGGGACAAGUAUCUCGCCGUCAGUGAAAGAAAAUGAAGGCAGAGAUACCGAGCCGAUCGAGCACACAAAUCCUCCAGAAGCGCCUAGCGCACUGCAAGCGCCUGCGCUCCCUGACAGUCAAGAAAAACAGCUCCAGUCCACAGGACCUCUGCUGGCACAGGAUCUGCGGCAGGAAAAGAACCUCCUCGCGUCUUCUCAGAAAACACAUCAGCCGAUAUCUGUUAGCUCAUCCGAUAGAGAACUAGAGUCGAGACCAAAGCAGAGAUUGCCGGGCCCGGAUGUUCCUCGACAUCGGGGGGGACUGCACGCUUCCGAUGGCCGUGCUGAGAUCCGUCCUCACGACGCUAUGCCUGCUGUCAGCCAGCCCUCAGCUGUCGUUGCCUUGCGUGAUGAAGAGGAAGUGGAGGUGAAGGAGGCUGACACCACGCACAUCGAUUCGAAGGACCGUAACGGAGCAGCUACACUGGAGAGUUCAGUGGCGGGUGGGUCCUCCGUUGAUUCCACGUCGUAUGUUCUAUCGACGGCAGAUGGUGGCAGUCAGCACUCUGAGAGCGUUACGCCAAAUCAAGAGUUUUUUGGGCGUGACUCGAGCCCGUUAGGUCUGUCUGGUGGAAAUGACCUUAGCGCCCGUCUCCGACACCCGGACCCGAUUAAGUCCGACGAAGAACGAACUACGGAGAUACCGGAUACGCGGGGAUCGGCACACGUUGCCAUCAAUGGGGAAAGACAAGAUGCAGGAAAGCCGGAGCCUGAGAAGUCCCUGCCGCUUGGCGGCACUCAACAGAGGCGAAACGGGGGCGUCGAAUACGAUGGACUCAUGAGCAGCCGCCUGCGCCAACUGCAGAAACAGCAAGAGGACCACCUUGCAGCGCUGUUCAGGCAGCUAGAGCUUCAACAGGAGGAGCUCGCUACUAGGAGCCGUUUACUGGAUCGGCAACGUGAAGAGCUUCUCCGCCUACAGGAGCACUUUCGCGAACUAACGGCACGAAGAAAUUCACUACAUCAGCAGCAUCCCGCGCAGGCCACCACUACCCCGCCAGCAAAGGUAUAUCCAGUGGCGCAGAAAAGUGGAGGACCGCAAGUAGAAGAUGCAGACGAAGUUGACUUACAGAAUACGUUUCCAGCAAGGGAGCCACUGCUGGAAUCCGAUGGCGAGCGGCGGCUCCAGGCACUGAGUGAGAACACACCGAUACACCACUAUAUAUGCAAGGUGAUUGGGCACGCUUGUAGCAGUGACGAAGAAUGCUGUGAAGAUCUCAUGUGCACACAGCCAUCAUUCAUUCGAACGGAACCUCAACGACCAGACGGCCGCGGCACGUGUCAACAGCCUUCGAACGUGGCGGGAUUCCCAUCCACGCCGGCCUGGAUGACGGGCCAGGAUGAAGUUGCGGAAGGCUCACCGUUUUUUAGAGAUUACCGCAGGCGUGUGGGGAGCAGCAGCGCCCCCCUGCCUCAAAACAGCGUCGCGAGCUUUGUGAACAGAUACAGAGUGCCUCCUAACUCCCGCUUGCUCAGCGACGAGAAGGACGUCCUCCAAAUUGAGGCAGAAUGA